AUGACAACGCUCACGGUCCGCGGCACCGUAUAUACUGAUUCGGAUUAUGGCCCCUUCACAGUUCCCGGUGCUAUAUAUACGUUCCAGAAUUAUGGCCCACUCACGACAAUAUACACACCACCACCGAGCUGUACAGCCACACACAGGAUGAUAUUCGGGACAAUGGUGCAGGAUGAUCACCCCCGCGGGUGGUACAGUAUGGACUGCGCAUCGACCAAGUAUUCUGACUGCAUACCCACACCCACCGCGAAACCAAUGACACCCGCCGAGGGUCACCGGCCCAUUGGAUCUUAUUACUCACCAGGUAUAUACUGCCCCAGCGGCUGGGAGACCGUUGCGCAGGCUGCACGCGAUGGCGACAAGCCUCCUACAACUUCCGGAGCAAUGAGUCUCGGCACGUCUCUAACCUUUCCGUACUUUCCCUACACGCCCGCGCUGCUGGCAAGGUCUUUGCAGCCAAGCGAGACAAUCGCGCUUUGUUGUCCGAGUGGCUACACGGCUGAUAGACUAGGUGAAUGCUGGGAUACAGUCCCUUCUUAUACUCCCACGCAGGGGUGCAAGGUCAUUGAUCGAAGCUACAUUGACUAUGAUACUUCCAUCGAAGUCUAUACCGCCUAUGGAGUCGAGAGAACCCAGCUGCAUGCAGUUUCUGUUCGGACCUCUGUCUCAAGCUUGACUUAUUCUACUAGCUGGGGUCUCGAUGAUGUCUAUGCUACAAUGCUGACGCCUUUCUCUUCCGUCUAUGCUGUGACUCUGAUUCAUCAUGAGUCUGAUAUUCAAACUGCGGUUACAGGCGCAAGUACAACUGCAACUGCAAGUGCAGUCACUCAGACUGUGGAUAUUACUGAAGUCAAGGCUGUUGCAUCAACCUCAAAUCCUGCCGCGAGAUUGCGACCAGGGAUAUCAAAUUGGGAGGGAUUCGGGGUUGUUUUGGGCUUUUCUGUUGCUGCAGUUGUGCUGGGAGCUGCCAUCGUCUUGCCCCUCUAG